AUGGAAGAGGAUGAGUAUGGCGCCCUGCACAUCAACACCAGCGAUCCAGAGAAGGAACCCGUCUUUGUGAACGGCGUGGACGUGGGGAAGAUGUUCGAGGUGGUGCAGCAACAGGCCAGCAUGUUGGAGGAGCAGAUGGGUGUCAACGAUGAGCAAGCUGGCAGGCUGAUGGCUCAACAAAGCGUCAAUGAUGUGCUGAAGGACAAGAAUCGAGCCCUUCAACACAGGAUCGAGGGAUACGUUGCGGCGUUUUGCUGGCGGUUUCCCGUGUCGCCGUCAACAGACACAACAACAAUGGCAAACGUCGGAAAGGCAAAUGAGGAUUGGAUUGGUGGCGUUUCAGCCAGCACCGGGCUCAUCUUUGGUAUCCCGUUUCAUUCCUCAUCUGUGCUGAUCAUUGAUCCUGCAACCAACACGGCCGACACAACCACCAUCAGCGGCUUGCCCGAAGGAGGCGCAAAAUGGGGUGGUGGUGUUCUCGGGGGCAACGGUCUCAUCUUCGGAUUUCCAGCCCAUGCGACGUCUGUGCUCAUCAUUAAUCCGUACACUAAUGCAGUUGACAGCAGUUCUCUUGGCGAAUUCUCGUCCGGUGGAGGGAGGUGGAUCAGUGGCGUGGCUGCCAUGAACGGGCUCAUCUUCGGCAUCCCGUGGCAGACUUCCUUGGUUCUCGUCAUCAAUCCAGCCGUCAAUGUGACCGACACAAUUACCGUCACAGAAACAAGUGCAGUGUCUCGUGGAUACCACCACCAUCUCUGGGUUUGCUUCGGGAGCCAAGUGGCACGGCACUGCAUUGGCAGAAAUGGCCUCAUUUAUGGAGUCCCCGACAGUGCCACCUUUGUCCUGAUCGUUGAUCCAACAGAUAACACGACUGACGCAAGUUCCAUUACCGGGCUCUCAAGUAGCAACCGGAAGUGGCGUGGUGCAGUGCUGGCUCGAAACGGAAACAUCAUUGGCAUUCCGCGCAGCACGGGGUCCGCACUCAUCAUUAACCCAACGUCCAACACGGUGGAUGACACGUCACUGGAAACCCAAGCUAGUGGCGAACAAUGGCAUGGGGGUGUGCUUGCCACCAACGGCCUCAUCUAUGGCAUCCCACACAGCUCAUCAGAUGUCCUCAUCAUUGAUCCAGGCUGCUGA